AGAAGUCUGAACUGCUGGGGGUGGUUUCUUGUUUGUGGUUUCAAUUGUUUUUAUUUAAGAGGAAAAAACGCUUCCAGGCGUUCGGAUCAGGGGGUGAGGAGAGGAAAGGCUUUCUGUAUUGCAAGGGCCGCUCAGCCGGAGAGAUGAACGUGGGCACGGCACACAGCGAAGUGAACCCCAACACCCGGGUCAUGAAUAGCCGCGGCAUCUGGCUCUCGUAUGUCUUGGGCAUCGGCCUGCUGCACGUUGUUCUCCUCAGCAUCCCUUUCUUCAGCGUCCCUGUGGUCUGGACACUCACCAACAUCAUCCACAACAUGAGCAUGUACAUUUUCUUGCAUACCGUCAAGGGAACGCCGUUUGAAACUCCUGACCAGGGGAAAGCCCGGCUGCUCACUCACUGGGAGCAAAUGGACUAUGGCGUGCAAUUCACUGCUUCCCGCAAGUUCCUGACCAUCACACCGAUUGUGCUUUAUUUCCUCACCAGCUUCUACACCAAAUAUGACCGGAUGCAUUUCAUCAUCAACACAAUCUCCUUGAUGAGCGUCUUGAUCCCUAAGCUCCCCCAGCUGCACGGCGUCCGCAUCUUUGGGAUCAACAAGUACUGAGCUCGGUGGAGGUUUUGUCAGUGAGCGCUGGGAGAUCAGGAUGAGGACCCUGUUUUCCUUAGUCUGCCUCUUUGGGAGAUACAGUUCCACAACAGCUCUUUUCAAAUGGGCACAUCUUGUACAGGAUCCCAAGACAGGACACAACUCGACCAGCUGCAGUGAUGCUUGGAUCCUGGAGAGAGUUUAGCUUACAGAGAGACCAGGGAAGCUAAAAUAUAUUUAUUUUUCCUCUCAAGAAAAAUAACGAUGCAGAUAAUGCAGAGAUUUUAAAAGGUACUCGUAGCCCAUUCUCUGGGUAUGCAAGACAUCCAGCCCAGAAAGAUGAAGGGAUAUAGAAAGGUAGCAACCUGUCACAAGCUGACGUUUAGGAUUUCUGGCAAAUGCACUUUAACUGAAAAAUGUCCGUUUGGGGAAUUUCUACUUGCUCAUUGAAAGGGCUAUAUCAGAAAUUUUUAAGAUGUGCAUCCGGAACAGGGAUAGAUGGAUUUGCCAUGAUUUGGAAACCUUUGUUGGUAAUUUAGAGAGAUCUUUAAUUAAUUGAUAGGCAAGUGGGAGAGAAUCUCAAUACUUCUGCAGGGUCAGGAGCUUCUUUCCCACAAAAAUGCCUUCGCUGUUCUGAAUCAUUUUUGGAAAAAAAUCUUUGCUAUAUAAUCAGGCUUUUUAGUGAUUGUAGGUUCGAUGGAGUUGGGGUACCCUAUCAGAGAUGUGCUUAGGUACUGAUCAAAACAGAAGUAGGAGAAAAAUGAGGACGUAUCUGUCAUGCGUGUGGAUGUGCAGAAAUGGCACAGUGGAUUGACAGUUACAUAUACGGCAAUGUGGUCUUGGCUGGAGAGCCAGUGGCUGAAUGAUCAGCCUCUCGAAAAAUGAAUGACUUUCUAUUGACACUACACACCAGCAGCAGUGGGGAAGAUGAGGGUUGCAGUCAAGGAACCCAGGACCCGGGUUCAAAUCCUCCCCCUGGAAACCAAACAUCAGAAAAAUCAAUUGUUGGGUUGAUUCAUCACUGUUCAAGGAAAGCUAUCUUCUUGUUGCUAUUUGUGAUGUGAAAUUAAGAAGGUGUGUUUGUUUGCUUGAUGUCCAUCACCCAUAUGGUCCAAAAGAACUGAACGUGCUUUGCAUAAAUCUGCCAGUGCAUCAGAAUAAAGCUAGUCUUUCUCUCCAGAAUCUAGUACUUUAGUAGGUUACUGUAUUCCUGAUUGGAAGGAGCUGCUGCCUUCCAUUUUCCUGUCCAUACAGCAGUAGGGAACAGCAGAACGAGGGGGAGGAGAGCUAAUGUCUGCUUUAGCCCCUUGUGGGUUGAUUACCUUCCUUCUGCAAUUUUCAUUGGGGAUGUAGAGGGAGAGAAGAAGGCAAAACCAAAAAACCCUCAUAACCUUUGCAGUUGUUAUGACAUUUUUCACCAAUGACAUUUACCACCAACUGCAGUUUUUAAUAAAGACUGCAUUUUUUAGAAAUGUCUUCAUCAAGAAAGAUGUUUGUUUUCUGAUCAUGUUAAGGAUGCAGACUGGUAAGAAAAAUGUGAAAAGAGCAGCCGUGAGCAAAAAGGGGAACAAAUUGCUGCUUUAGAAAGGAAAGAUUUGUAGCAGAAUUAAAGGAAGUUAGAAUAUCUUCUUGUAUGUAUUUGCCAGAGCACUUAAAAUAAGAGAGUUGGUGCUAUCUUGACCUCCAUCUUCUACCAUGGCAAUAGGAUGCCACCUAAACAUUUGAUUCUGGUACCAAGAAAGCAGAAAUGCAUUUCUAGUCUUGAAUCUGAGCGCGUUCGGUAGUGGUCAGAAGGUAGCAGUGGCAUUUGAAAGCAUCCUCUCUGCUUUUAUCAUUUAAUGUUGCUUUUUGAUGUUUUCUUGCUCUCUGUCAAACGUAUGUUCUGGUGGCCAUUGCAACACGUAGAACAUGUGAAAAAGGAAACAUGGUGAUCUCUGUGUCAGAAGAAUGGCACCAUAAAAGUAUUAAUUGGUUAGCUGUUUCAUAAAAGGAUUAACUGUUUCAUAAAAGAUGCUAUUCAAUUCAUCUGCUGUCAACACCUCCCACUGUGUCCGCUCCCAGUAAGCUUUCUCUUUCUAUGGAUUUUGCUUUAAAAAAUUUAGCACCACCAUAAAUUGGUGUUGAUUUUACCACAUUGGCCUUCAGUAACUGGUCAAAUUGAUUUGGUCAAAUAAUUUGCAGCUUCAUAAUAGCUUGAUGAAGUCUUGGGGGGAGGGGGUCAGCAUAGCAGAUAAGGAAUGGAAUUACCUUUUCUUCUAAAAAUCUAAAUUCCUAUAUGACCACCUAAUCACCAGUCUUCAUAAUGAAUGCCGUUUUGUUUGUUUUUCUUCAGUUUUGUACAAAUCAGCCUAAUUCAGAUCUCUUUAGCACCCUUCUUUUUAAAAAAAAACGGGGGGGGUGCACAAAAUGGAGCAAGUAUUUGGUUGUUCCUAACUUUGGCGCAGUUGCUAAAUAUAUUAAUUAAAAGCCAUUCUGAAAACAUAAAGGACAGCUAACCAACUAAUAAGGGACAGUAUGUACUAUAAACAGACUACGAUCCACAGAUCUUCAGAGAGAGCACUACAUCUAGACAACAAGGAAAUAUGUUAAAAAUUGAAACAAAGCGCUACUGGGAGACAGCUACAGCCUAGCUAACUGAUUGCUGUUCAGCCUCCCAUAUAUUUUGGCAAUACUUUAUAGCUCUGUUGUGAGGAUUUGGGGCUUGAAAAAGAAAGCUGGACAUCAAAGACAAACUGGAUUCCAAACCUCUGCCUUUGUAAUAGGCAGGGAAUAAAAUCCUUCUGGGUUGAGAGGGCCCGGUAUACGUAUGGCUGACUUGAAUAAAAGCUGGGUUUGUAUUCCUUUCUAAAGUAUUUUAAAGAAGAGAUACUUGCUUCUAAGUAUUCAAGAAAGUGAAGAAACAGAAUUAAAAAUAUACAAAGAAGGGCAAAUGAGAAGGGCAUCCUGAAGUCUUUUGGAUUUAAAAGGAAGCCAGCCAGAUAUAAAGGUGUUAAUUAAUUUGAUGGGGAGGGGAGAAUUUGCUGGUACAGGAUCUGUUGCUUUAAUGAUGUGCAGUGCACAUUUUGAUUUCCACAUUAGAGGUUCCUUUCUUUUAUUUGACUACUGAAGACUGAAAGUGGCUGAGAUAUUACAGGUGGAAUGCUGGCACCAUUUCCCAGGAUUCAGUUGAGUUCAACCAGGUUCUGCAAUCCAAAAAUCAAUUUUUUGCGGCAUGUUUUACAAAUGCAGAUAGAGAGAAAUGAAAGAACACACAAUUUCAGCAUCAAAUGUUGCUUUGAGAGCAAAGCAAAACUUGACCUGGAGGACUUAAUGUGAACAUUUUUGAGAAUGCAGAGGCUAUACUUGCUGAUUGGUUUUGAUUGAUAGCCUAAAGGGCUUGUAUAUAGGUUAGCAUUAUUCCAAGAGAGGCUACAGGAGCUUCUGUGCAAGUCCCUUCCCCUAACCCUUCCACUCAUCUUUAUGGGCACGGUAAGAAACUUUAUGGCUUCUGUGCCGUCUUGUAUAGCAGGACUGCCCACAUCAGCUACAACCACCAUUUUAGAGCUUUAGAACAGGGAGGAUCAACACUGUCCUCUGCUGAACUAGAAACCUCUCAGUGUGCAAACUCUGAGGAGGUGGAGUGAUUGCUGUUCAGCAUCAAGUCCCUGUGCAAUCUGGAGGUAGAAAGAGAGCUUAUGUAUGAAGAAAUGCUUAGACGAAAGGAAUCUGGUGAGUUUGGCGGACAGCUGCUCAGGAUUGGUUGUCUGGUAUCAGCUGAUUCCCAGGAACAGGCAGAUUUCAGGCUGUGGGGCCGGUGUUCUGUCUCAUACUGUCUGGAGUUCCCUCUCCGGAUCAGCAUUGGGCGGCUCAGUGAAUUGAUCAUUGCCUGAUCUGCAAUUCUCCUUCCUGACCUCAGAAAGUUAAAAAAAACAAAGAGAACCGAGUUGAAUGUGUGGAUUACACGACGGUCCACUUAAAGACAAAUUUAAAAGUAAGGAGCUGGUUUCCAUGGGUUUGUAACAAUGAGUACCCCUGGGCUGUGGAUGCUAGGUCCUUCUAUCAAAUUGGAAGGGUUCAUCCAGCAGGCAAAGGAGGCUAUUAUAGGCUCUAUCCCAUUCCCAUGUGCAUGAUUGCAAAGAGAACAGGGACCGAUAGCUCAUGGUCAGAAGUGCAGGUAGCACAGUAGAAACAUGAAACUGUAGAAAUAAAUGGAUGAACCAGGCAGCUCUUUUCAUUGUAGGCAACCCCAAGCAGCGAGCCGUGCUAACUAUAUCAGCACAUAAGCUUUUUAGCUUUGAUGGACACAUUCUGCAUUGACCGACUGACUGGUGGGAUAUAGGUUUUGCAUUAGGCUGCGUAGUCUGCUGGGGUUUAAAACAAUGCAGUUGUUUUAAAGGUAUGAUACUAAGCUGUUGAAGGAGGGUGAGAUAGCCGUAUUACUGUCAAAUCUCAUUAUAUGCCACGUUUCUAAGUUGUUCCUUAAUUGUAGUAAAUUGUGUUAAUUUACCAUGGUCUGUGAAUUAUGCUUAUUUUCAGAUUGUGUGUGGAUGUCAUUUUCAAUGAGUUUAACUCGCUUUACAUACUUGUGUUGGACAUAGAAUUUCAGUUGUAUUGGGUAUGUGGCAGUCUCCCCCCUGCCUCUUCAGGGUCCUGAUUUUUGCUCUUUACUUUGUUGUGUAUACAAUAGAAAGAAACCUUUCCUUUGGAGAACUUUCUAAGACAAAAGUGUGAAUAUUAUUUUUAUGAGUCCUUUGUACAUUAUUCCAAGAUAAACUAAUUAAAAAAUCCUCAAUAUAA